AUGUCUCCAUUAAUUUACUUUCUUGUAUCACAAAUCGUGCUAAUACUCACGAUAUACGGCAGCAGAGUGGCAGUGUCGAGGUUUAAGGUUAAGGAGAAGCAACUCACUAAUUUUGUGGUGUGUGGAACGCUCAUAGCUGCGUAUAUUUCAUGGGGUAUUUUCUUCCUGGCUAACCUGCAUCCGGUGGAGAAACCUCAGUUCAAGUAAAAGUAUAAUUUAUGGUUGUGUGGCUCGUGGUACAAAAGGAUGAAGUGAUGUGGUAGAAUGAUAUUGUGUAAAUAUGAAAUACAAAUAAUGGCAAAUGUGUUAGCUUGUAGAUCAGACGAGCAGGCUUGUUCAGAGAAUGUAUUAAGCCGUUAAAAAACUGAUGUAUUUGUAUUAUUGGUGUAUACCACGUAAUGUAAUUGUAAAUACUUUAUCGUUGGUACAGUGUGGUGAAUUAUGCUAUCAUUGUGUUGAAUAAAAC